UUCUGACCUGUGCCUGUCAAUCGACUUUGUUCAAGACGGUGACUGCCUGUCGACGAAUAAGACAGAGAGAUUUCUCGAGAAGUAGCCGGUUUUCAUUGGAUUUUCACAAUGACAAGUCAAUACAUUGUUCCAAGGAAUUUUCGGCUCCUUGAAGAACUAGAGGAUGGUCAGAAGGGCUCUGGAGAUGGGACGAUCAGCUGGGGUUUGGUGAAUGAUGAUGACAUGGCCAUGACAGAUUGGAACGGCAUGAUCCUUGGCCCACCAAGGACUCCUUUUGAAGGAAGGAUUUAUAAUUUAAAGGUUAAGUGCGGUCCCAAAUACCCAGAUGAACCACCUACUGUCUCCUUCACCAACAGGAUAGCACUGAGCUGCGUCGAUUCACACUCGGGCGAGGUUUUGAAGCGGAAUCUAUCAGUUCUAGAUAAAUGGCAGCGGUCGUACACCAUCAAGACUGUCCUCUCUGAGCUCAAGCGUACAAUGACGGCCAAAGACAAUGCAAAGUUACAACAGCCUCCAGAGGGCGCCAGAUAUUAGUAAAUUACACAUCUGUUAUGUUGUGGCUAUCUCUUUGUGUCCUUUCCCCACCCUCAUUUUCUAUUCCCUCUUUCUCUCUUCAUUCUCUUGCACUCUCUCUCUCUUUCAAGGUCUUCAGAUCAUCAUUAGGGUCUUAGAUCUUGAUAGAUCUUAAUUGAGAUCUUGAUCUAAAUUAAUCUUCAUUAGUCUCACAUCGUCUCCAUGCGGUCAAUUUUUCUGGAAUUUUUUUAGCUCUGUCCCCCCCCUCCACUUGUGUUUGUUUUUAUAGAAGUAAUUACUCGUUAUGUUGAUAUGAUCACCAUAUCCAUACAUUCUAAUCUAAAUCCUUCUUCUUGACCACACCCACCCCCGCCCACUAACCACUGACUAGUUAUCUAUUUCUUUAAAAAUACUCAUUUCAUUUCUUUGCUUAUAUAUGUAUUAUUACUUCCUUUGUAUUGAAUGCUCUUUUUCUCUUUGCUGUCUGUAACUUUCUACAUAAAAAAAAAUGUUCUUGUACUCCUCAUCCCACUUCCUCUCUCCCUCUCUCUCUCUCUCUCUGAUUCCCAUGUGCUCUCUCUAUCUGUCCCUAUAUCAAUCCCAUAUGUUUUUUCUCUCUCUCUCUUUCACUCUCACUUUCUUUCUUCGUCACUCUCUUACUCUCUUCGUCACUCUCUCACACACGGACUCACCCUUCUAUUUCUCUCCCCCCCUCCUCUUCUAUUCUCCUCUCUCUCCCCUUCUUUUCCCCCUCUCUUAACCUCUCCUUCCUUGCCUCCCAUUACAUUUAAUAUCAACAUUAUAACAAGGAGGUAUGGACGCCUCGAGUGUAUAUUUCUAUUAUAUGUAUUAAAGUGAUAUCUCCCAUUAGUAUAUGGAAAGAAUAGUACAAGACGCUCCCAAUGGUUAAAAUUAAAUCAAAACAUUUUUUCAGCCUUUUAGAGAAAAAGAAGAAAAGAAGUACUUUUGUUUGAAUAUGUAAAGGCAAUGUAAAAUGAAGGUUUUAUAGUGCUCUGAUUUUGCUUUAACCUGUAGGCCCGUAUUCUGAACUCGGGUUUAAAUUAAACCCUGGUUUAAAGUUGUGGUUUAACUAUGGAUGGAGUGCCAAUUUGGGCACAAAUUCCUAACAGUACACAUCAAUAUUAUUAACUAAUUUGACACUCAAAUUGUUUAUAAUUUCCUGGGAAUGAUAACUGGAGUGUUUUUCUUCAUCAUGAAAGCCACAGGAAACAAAAUAGUAUUCUUAAGAGACAUACAAUAUAAACACAAUUUCUGAAUUUUUGGCUCUCCAUAAUUUCAGCACAGAGUUAAACCGUGGUCUAGGUUUAAUCUGACUGCAGAAUACGGGCCAUCAAGUUACAGUGAGUCUCUCCUUCUGAGACACUUGUGCAGUUUUCCUUUACCCCUGUAUUUGUUAUCACAAAUGGAAUGGUGUGAAAGAGACGAAAAUGUACUGAAGAAUUUCCGUAUCCGGUGCCGUACGUUGUGCCGUUCGGGAAUAGAAGCCAUUUACAUGUAACUAGCUGUCUACCGAAACCAUGUGAUCCUUGUACAAAGUCUAUGGGAAUGACAGAAUCCAGUAGUCAACAGGUUAACCUAUUGCCUUUUGGAACCAGGGGCUUGUAACACAAAGGAUGGCGAUUAAUCUUACGCUUGAUUUUCACGAUUGAUUGUACACUGUAUUCAAUGCAAUCAAUCGUAAAAAAUAAGUUCUAAGAUCAUUGCUAAGUUUUGUGUUAAGGGUCCUAUAUUUCAAUGUUGUUAGUGUAUGACUUUACACUAGUGUACAUGUAAAGUCCCAAGACUUUAAUAAUUUAUGGAAAACAAGUGUAAUUUGGGAAGAAUACAUUAUUUCUCAGAAUUACUUCAUAAAACAAAAUUCUGUCAACUAAUGUUAACUUAUGCCCCCCACAAAAAAAAUGAUAGGUCAGAACAAACAUGUGAGAAGAAAGUAGAAACCAACAGAAAAUCACGCGCUGCAGGAAAAAUCACAAAUCUCUUUUGCAUUGUUCCUGUCAAGCCUGUUUGCAAAGCUUUUAGGAGAGCUGUUUGUGGAAGACAACAAUUAUAUACAGCAGAUAUACAUGUAUACGUGUCCUAAAGGUCUUGUAAGUUUUUACUACAUGAAAUUACUCUGUUGUAUAUUUUGUACAUGUAUACAAAGUUUAGAACACUGAGGACAUAGAGUUUGCACUUAAGAAUUAACAAGAAAAUUGGGGACUCUCAUGUACAUGUAGAAGUGAUCUUUUGCAAAGCAGUUACUUCACAAAUAUAGUAAAUAUGUUGAACGAAAACUACAGAAAUCGUUCUGAUCUGCAGAGCAAUAUUACUAGAUUUUAUCUUAGAUCGAUAUAUGCUGCUCCUAUUUGAAAAUCUGCCAGAAAUAUUUACACAAAGAACCAUUUUCUUAAUAUUUUCUUAACUCAUUGAAUGUGAGAAAAAAUAUCUCUCCUAUGAUUCGUCAAUUGAGAUGUUUAAGUUUUUAUUAGCCGAGAAAAGAUUUGUAAUUAAAUCAUUAUCAGCUUAUUUGGCAUAGGCCAGUGUUGUACAGUAUCAAGUUUUGUUUGUCAAUAUAUUUAACUCCUUUUGCUUUUGUCGCCAAGCAAAUAUAUGAUUUUCAAUACUUGUUGGUCACAGACUAUCUGUCAGAAACCUUGUUUAUGAAUAAUGAAAAAAAAGGGAAUUUGGUUACUCCUCGGUCCAUAAAAAUGGCUGUAUCUAAACAUUAAUUGUUCCAUGUGAAGGGGGGCUUUAUCCCCUCAAAAUAAAAUGCAUGUGAAAGUGGGUCUGAGUAUUUUAUAUUAAUUUUAUGAAAUGGGGGUUUAUGACUUGAUAAUCCAGGUGUAAUAUGGGAUUAAACCUGUGAUUAUUAUUCAUGGAUUUAUGUAUGAUAAUGUAUGAUAUCUGUAUACAUGUAUUACUAAUAAACUGCUACUGCAUUAUUGUCAAUACUUAUUUA